AUGUCGUGCAUAUGCCUACCUGGUUACCAAUUAACGUCAAACAAAGGCGCAUUUUCCAUCACUUGCAAAAAAUGUCCUGAAUUAUCUCCAGCUGUAACACAAGAUGGAUGGAACUGUAUUAAAUGUUCCUCAAGUGCUAUUAUGGAUAAUAAUGGGAAAUGUCGAUGUCCAACAGGACAGGUUCUAGUGGAAAAGACUGUUUCUGGAAUACCUUUGACUGAAGCAAAAUGUGUUGCCUGCAUUAUUAGCCAGCCAUUUUUUUCCACCCCGGAUGCUUCAGGAAACCAAUGCAUCAGAUGUCAUGAAACAUUCAUUAAUACUACACAAUCAUGUGAUUGUCAGUCAAAUAUUUUGACUGGAGGAUUAUGCUUUCUUCAUUAUCCUAAAGACUUGACCUCCUCAGUGGUUACAAAUAUUGUCUAUGAGCAAGGUUUCAAAGUUUCAUCUGCUUGGUUUGCUGCUCAUUUGAAAGCAUCAGCUAUUGCAUGCCUGAGAUUUGCAAAUCUUACUGCCUGUCAGGCUGUAGGGAAUAUGUGUGUCAUGAUCAUGAAUUCAAUAGACAUGGCAACAACUCCUAAUGAUGCUUGUACCCUUUAUCACACAAUAUUUAAGGAGACAAUAAGCUUAGGAAAUACCCAUUCACAUAUGGAAUUACAAUUUAUCCUUGCCAAAUAUGAUGCUCGUGGUUAUUUUCUUAAUUGGGAAAAAGUAACUGGAGGUACUUUGCAGUUGUGUCCAGAUACCAUAUCGAAGCUGAAUGCUGCUUAUAUUUUUGGAACCACGUAUCAACAAAGCUGUACACUUCCUGUUUCGAAACUUUUAUCUACAUAUGGUGAAACUUACUUUUAUGACAUUUACAUACUUUACAAAGGAGAGGAUGGUGAGGAUAAACUAAGAGCUAUCGCAGUUCAUAAUUUAAAUCUUCAAUAUAAUGGAAAAUUCAUAAAUCAAGAUAACACGAUGAAUAGUUGGUAUUUAACCAGACGUAUUUUCUUGGUGGAUACCCUAAGUGGUCGUGAAAGGAACAUAGAUAGCCAGCCAAGAGUGAUUAGAGUUGCUAGCUACUUAAAAAUCAGUGUAAUUCUUAAGCCCGAUACUCUACAAGGAAAGAUCGUUCCUCCUGUUAUGACUAUCUCUUACACAGAUGUGAAGAUUCAAAAUCCAGAUCAACAAACUAUUUCAAUAUCUUUUUCUGUUGAAUAUCAAAUGGACUUGACUACAGCAUUUCAAAAUACAAAGAUUGCGCUUGGUUUCUUGGCAGGCUUAUCAACUAUAUAUUCAGUGGUAAAGACAGCCAGUUGGAAAAGACGAAUUGGAUCUCCGUUGAUUGAUAUUCCAACUGUUUUGAAGUUCAUGCUGUUUUAUUUGGGAGACCUGGCAAACACCUUCUUUAUUGUGACAUUUGGAACAGGCCUUUAUUGGCUUAUAUUUUUUAAGGGUCAAAAGGUUCUUUUUGUUUUUCUACCAACACCAAGCCAAGAGACCCAUUUUAUUUAUUCUGUGGCCAGUGCAUUUUCACUGAAGUUUCUUCAGCUAUUACACAAACUAGGAAACCAGUUAACUGUGGAUAUCUUUUUUAUUGACUGGGAGAGACCCAAAGGCAAGAUCAUCAAAUCUAUUGCAGGUGGAGGUGAUAUAAUGACUGCACCAGCUCCUGUGAGCAUCUGGAGAACAUAUUUUGUUGCAAAUGAAUGGAAUAAUAUUCAGACUAUCAGGAAAAUUAAUCCUGUUUUUCAAGUUCUUGCUGUUGUUUUUCUUUUGGAAGUUGUUGGCUUUGCAAAUCUAGCUACAAUGGAUCCUUAUACUAAAAUGAAUAACAUUUCUGAAAGCAGUGUUACACCGUCCAGCCGUAUUCUGAGAUAUGGUGUAGCUACAACUGUUUGGCUGUCUGUCAGUCUUAUUCAGAUAAUUUUCUGCACAAGUUUUUAUGAACGAUUUGUGGAAGAUAGAAUAAGUCAGUUUAUUGAUGUCUGCUCAGUCAGCAAUAUAUCCGUUAUUAUUCUGUCACACAGAUGCUUCGGAUACUAUAUCCAUGGGAGGUCUGUACAUGGCCAUGCUGACACUAAUAUGGAAGAAAUGGACCUUAAUCUGAAGAGAGAAGCGGACAAUCUUUGUGGUCAAAGAGGCUUGGUUCCCAACACAGAAAUUGAGACAUUUCAAAUAUCCAUCACAAGCAAAUUCAGGGAGCAAUAUGACAAGAUUCAAGAACCGCUAUAUUUGACCAGAACACCUGGCCGCCUAGCGAAUAAUUCUGAGGAUGCUGUUGCACUUAGAAUGAAGGCUUAUAAUACCACAAAUAGAUUUCUUGGAUCAUUCAUUGAUCACGCUCUUCAAGACAUGGAUUAUAUUGUACAAGAUAAACUGUUAUUGGAAAGACUAAUUGGGAUGGAAUUGCAUGAACCACUGGACAAGACGAUUUUUUAUAAUGAUGAAAACUAUUCAUUCACUGAUGUGCUAUACUAUGGCAACGAAGGAACACUUCUUAUUUUUGAUACAUUGUUCUUCUGUAUUGUGGAUUUAGCUGCUCAAAAUUUUAUUCUUGCUUCCUUUCUAACUUACAUACAACAAAAGGUUUUUCAGUUCAUUCGAAAUGCGAUGGGACGCAAGAACUUGGCUGAGAAAGCAUUGAUUGAUGAAAGGUUCCUUCUCUGAAAUCACAGAAAUUUA